AUGGCAACUUUGCUUACUUCUCAAAAACAAAUUCUUGAAGAUAUGAGGAAGUUGGACUUGGAGGUAUUAGUGCAUCAGCUUGGUGCUCGUUUAGCCAAUCUUCGAGUGCAACCAACAUUGAUUGACAGAAUUAAGGUUAACCAGAAUGAAGAUCCUCACGUACAGAAAAUCAAAGAAGGCAUGGAAGCCGGAGGACAAGCAGAUUUCAGUACACAUGAAGAUAGUUCCCUAAGAAGCCCUAUUUAUUGGGAUGAUGUUGGUGAGAAAAGAUUAACCGGUCUCGAGUUCAUUCAGCAAUCAGAAGAAAAAGUCAGGUUGAUUCGGGAAUGUCUUAAAACGGCUCAAAGUCGUCAGAAAAGUUAUGCAGAUCUUAAAAGGCGCAAGGUGGAGUUUAGUGUGGGGGAUCAUGUAUUCCUAAAGGUUUCUCCUACGAAGGGUGUUAUGAGAUUUGACAUGCGUGGGAAGUUGAGUCCAAGAUACGUGGGACCAUUCUUGAUCUUAGAGAAGAUUGGUGAAGUCGCUUACAAAUUGGCUUUGCCACCGGCACUGUCGGGUGUUCAUAAUGUGUUAUAUGUCUCUUUGUUGCGUAAAUAUGUGCCAAAUCCUGAGCAUGUAUUAGACUUUACACCAUUAAGGUUAAGAGAGAACUUAACGUAUGAGGACCAGCCUAUUCGCAUCGUCGAUAGGAAGGAUCGUGUGUUGCGACGGUGGACCAUUCCUUAUGUAAAGAUACAAUGGCGGAAUCACACUGAGAGAGAGGCCACUUGGGAGCUUGAGGAGGAGGCAAAACGCAAAUACCCACAUUUGUUUGAUGGUUAA